ACCAUUUUCGAAGAUAGAACAAGAAAAAGUUAUAUUAGAAAUUCAGACUGCAAAAGCGAAAAAAGGCAAGAAAGAACGCCGCGAAUAUCAUUUAUUAAACACAUACGAAGUUCUCGAAUUCAAUGGUACAACAUUUCUAAUAAAGAAACGCCAAAAAUUAGAAAAAACAAUUUACGUGAUUUGCUACGAAGAUUUAUACGAUCGUUUAUACGAAUGUCAUGCGAAGAUCACAAAUCAUGCGGGUCAAGUUAAAAUGCGUAAAUAUUUUUGUACACGAAUGUCAAUACCGCGACCCGCAGUAAAUCUAUUUAUCAAAUGUUGCGAUAUUUGUAAAACCAAACAACAAACCGGUCAAAAAACUAUACCUAAAGGAAAAAAACCGAUUCAAACGAUUAAAUAUAAUAAUCGUGGCCAAAUCGAUUUAAUUGAUUUUCAAUCGUCACCUGAUCUCGAAUAUAAAUGGAUUCUUUUAUAUAAAGACGUUAAAACAAAUUUCAUAUGUUUACGACCAUUACAAACGAAACGCGCUUCAGAAGUUGCAAAUGAAUUGUUAAAAAUAUUCUUAGAAAUUGGAGCACCACAUAUUUUGCAAUCAUCCAAUGGCAAUGAAUUUGUUGAGCAAAUAAUUGAAGAAUUACGAUGUCUGUGGCCAGAAUGUGUCCAAGUACGUGCUCGACGUACACUUCAAAUUGAACGCAGCGAAAAAGAUAUUGAAGAAUUGCUACGUGCUUGGAUUGCACAGCAUAAAUUAAUGCGCUGGUCCCUCGGUUUACAUUACGUCCAGUGGCAAAAAAAUACCAGGUUUCAUGAAAAUUCAAAUAAAUGCGCAUAUAAAUCGUUAUUUGGAUGUGAUCCCAAAGCUGGGUUUGGUUUGGAUAAUAUACCUCAAUCGAUUUUAUCGAAAAUUAAUGAAGAAGACGAUUUGCAUUUGUUAAAUUUACAUGAUAAUCAGGGGCAAAGUGGAGAGUUUUCCGGGAAUAAUUUAUAUGAAAAUCAGAGUCAAUCAGUUAUGGAAAAUGUUGUAAUUGCAUUAGAUCAACAAGAUUUAAAGUUUGUUUUCCAUGAAGGGAUUAAACAUGAAUAAACUUGUCAUUCAAGGUAGUACGAGCUCAGUCGGGUAAAAAUUAGUCAUUCGCGUACACUAAAGUCUGCCUUCACAGCGAGCUGCAAACUAAACCACUGUUUCUGAUAAAUUUGACCUAUUUUUAAAAUGCUGCCAUAUCCACACUUUUCGAAGUAGAGGGUUAACUAGCAGCUGAUAUUUUUUAUUUAGAUAUAUUCUGAAGAAAUCGAUCCACUUUUUACUUGAUUGUUUCUAUUUCGUUAUGGUCAUCUAAGGCCAAUCGAUUUUUGAAAAGUCGUCAUAAUCAGAGAACUUUUUUCUAUUAACUCGAAAUCUUUUGAAAUUUUCAAGGAAUAUACUUCAUUAUAUACCCAA